CACAUGGCUACGAACUUAAGAGGGGAGAGGAGGGACUACAACUAGAGCUUCGCGACGGCCCCGAGCACCUUCGCCGCGUCGGGGAGCACGUGCACGACCGCGUCGUAGACGCGCGCCGUCUUUGCAUCAAACGCCAGGGCGCGCAAGGCCCGCGCGAGGCCCUCCAGGUCGCCGUCGCUCCCGUUCGUCCCGACGCGCACCGCGCACCGCGCGACGACGUCCGCUACUUUAUGGAACGCGUCCGGCCCUGCGUUCACUGCAAAGCGGGACGCGACGCGUUCCAGCGCGCCGACAUCCUCGGCGAGGGACCGGUCGCGGGGAUCAACAGAAUGAACGCCUCGACAGAAGCGCGCUAAAUGACUGCGCAGGGCGUCGAGCGCCUGGCGGACGUCGGCGUGUUCCGGCGGCGCGACGACCGUGACCUUUUCGACGGGCGGCGUCAUGGAUGGUGGAGGCGGCAGGCGGAAGCCCGGCCUCGACGGCGCCUUCUCGACGCGGCCCGCCAGAAAUCCGGGCGCCGCCGUCGCUGUUGUGUCGAGGCGCCAGCCGACGGACGCGCCGGUCAACGCCUCGCUAUAAGGCAAGGUCGGCACGCACGGCGCCGAGGGCGGUUUCGGCUUCCCGAUGGCGUCGAGCCGCGCGACUUCGGCCGCGACGACUUCUCUCGCGCCGGGCCGGUCCUUGGGGCGGCCUUAAUUAAAGCGCUCGCGGCUCCGGUGCGAGAUCUGUGGGGCUCGGCGGCCGUUCACAGCACGGGGAUAGUCGCCAGGCACGGCGCGCACCCCCAAAGCGUGGGGAAUGGUGCUGAAUUUUAGCGGUAGCGUAGGCGGAGUUAAGCUUCGACAGGUACCGUG